AUGCCAGCGCAACCACCUAAGAAUAAGGCUGACCAGAUCUCAAAGAUGCAGUUUCGAUAUGGGCUAUCAAAUAUCCCUCUUAGCAAACAGUCAAUAUACGCCAUCGCCCUAGCCCUCGCCGCCCUCUGGGUAGUGCAGAGCUUCAUCCGAGCAUGGUGGCGCCUCCGUCACAUUCCCAGCGCGCACUUUACCGCGCCAUUCUCCUACUUCUGGAUAGGACGUACCACAUACAGCGGCCGCCAAUACUGGGUACUCCGCGACCUACACACCAAACACGGUCCUCUCGUGCGCGUCGGGCCCAACGAAGUCGUCACCGAUGACCCCAACAUCCUGCGCACCAUCUCUGCGGCGCGCAACCAUUACCCUCGCAGCGAUUGGUACGAAGCUGGCCGGUUCAACCCGUAUCAUGGCAAUCUGUUCACCACUACCGACCCCGCCGAGCACAAAAAGGCGAAAACAAGGUCCAUGGCCGCAUACAACGGGCGCGAAACUCAAGGUCUCGAGGCUUUGAUCGACGACCAGGUCAAGACGCUUAUCAGGGUUGUCCGAAACCGCUAUGUGGUGUCUUCGCCAGGAAAGGGCCAGCCUCUACUGGAUCUAGCGGCCAUCACGAAAUACUUCACCAUGGACGUAAUCACACGGAUGGGUUUCGGCAAAGCGGUUGGCUACCUCGAGGACGAAAAAGACCACUACGAAUUCUUGGGCACAGUAGACGCGCUUUGGCCGAGGAUGUCGACGGUGGCUGACAUACGUUGGAUCCGCAAGAUUGCGUUCUCGCCUUUCGUGCUCAGAUUGGUUGGACCAAAGAGCAGUGAUCAAAAGGGGUUUGGGGCGCUCAUGGGUUUCGCAGCUGAUCAGGUCAGCCGUCGCUUUGCUGCACCCGAUGGUGGUAAGGAUCAUAAGGAUUUCCUGGCGAGUUUGAUGGCUCGCGGCUUCACAGAAGAAGAGUGCCAAUCUGAGGGUCUUUUCCUCCUGCUCGCUGGAAGUGAGAGCACCGCCAAUGCCAUGCGCUCCAUCCUCAUACACACCAUAAGCUCGCCUGCCGUGUAUAACCGACUCGCUGCUGAGAUCCAGGACGCGGUACGGACGGAGAAGGUGUCCUACCCCAUUACUUUGGAGCAGGGAAAGAAUUUGCCGUAUCUGCAGGCGGUCAUCUACGAAGGCCUACGCAUGCGCCCGGCCAUCCUCGGCCUCUUCCCAAAACAAGUACCCGCAGGCGAAUAUCCAAUCUUCCACGGAAAGAUGCUUCCCCCAGGGACCGAUGUAUGCAUGAACAUGUCAGCCCUGCUGCAGUCAACAGAUCUGUUCGGCGCCGACGCGGCCGUGUUCCGACCAGAACGCUUCAUGGAGGUAGGCGACGAGAGACGCAGACAAAUAAUGCAGGACGUGGAGAUGUCGUUUGGCUACGGAGGCUGGGUAUGCGCAGGCAAGAACAUCGCUAUGAUGGACAUGGUGAAGGUGGUCUUUGAGAUGCUUCGCGUGUUCGACUUGCAGCUUGUGCGUCCUUUUGAGCCGUGCGAUACGAUCAGCUAUGGCGUGUUCCUUGACAAGGGGUUGAUGGUGAAGGUGUCGGAGAAGAAGUGA